GCUCGCCAUGGCGCACCGGCCCAAGAGCAGCGAGGCGCUGAAGGUGGUGGUCCGCUGCCGGCCCAUGCACCGCAAGGAGGAAGCCGCGGGCUACGAGCGGAUCCUGGACCUGGACGUGAAGCUGGGCCAGGUGACGAUCCGCAGCCCCAAGGCCGCGCCGGGCGAGCUGGCCAAGACGUUCACCUUCGACGCCGUCUACGACGCCGGCUCCAAGCAGGCCGACCUGUACGACGAGACGGUCCGGCCCCUGGUGGACUCGGUGCUGCAGGGCUUCAAUGGCACCAUCUUUGCCUACGGCCAGACCGGCACCGGCAAGACCUACACCAUGCAGGGCGGGUGGGCCGACCCCGAGAAGCGGGGCGUCAUCCCCAUCUCCUUCGAGCACGUCUUCACGCACAUCUCCCGCUCCCAGAACCAGCAGUAUCUGGUGAGGGCCUCCUACCUGGAGAUCUAUCAGGAGGAGAUCCGCGACCUCCUGGCCAAGGACCAGAGCAAGAAGAUGGAGCUGAAGGAGAACCCGGAGACGGGGGUCUACAUCAAGGACCUCUCGUCCUUCGUGACGAAAAACGUCAAGGAGAUCGAGCACGUCAUGAACCUGGGCAACCAGGCGCGGUCGGUGGGCAGCACCAACAUGAACGAGUACAGCUCCCGCUCCCACGCCAUCUUUGCCAUCACGGUGGAGUGCAGCGAGGCCGGCCCCGACGGCGAGGACCACAUCCGGGUAGGGAAGCUCAACCUGGUGGACCUGGCGGGGAGCGAGCGGCAGAGCAAGAUGGGGGCCCAAGGGGAGCGGCCCAAGGAGGCCUCCAAGAUCAACCUCUCCCUCUCCGCCCUGGGCAACGUCAUCUCCGCCCUGGUGGACGGCAAGAGCACCCACAUCCCCUACAGGGACUCCAAGCUCACCCGCCUCCUGCAGGACUCCCUCGGGGGCAACGCCAAGACCAUCAUGGUGGCCACGCUGGGCCCGGCCUCCCACAGCUACGACGAGAGCUUGUCCACCCUCCGCUUCGCCAACAGGGCCAAGAACAUCAAGAACAAGCCCAGGGUCAACGAGGACCCCAAAGACACGCUGCUCCGGGAGUUCCAGGAGGAGAUCACCCGGCUGAAGGCCCAGCUGGAGAAGCGGGGCAUGUUGAGCAAGAAGCAGCGGAGGAACAGCCGCAGGAAGAAAGCCGCGGACGGGGAGGGGAGCCCCGAGGCCGAGGACCACGAGGACCAUGAGGACGGGGGCCUGGAGAAGAACAUGAAGCAUUACUUGGAGGAGCAGAAGGAGAGGCUGGAGGAGGAGAAGGCGGCCAUCCAGGACGACCGCAGCCUGGUGAGCGAGGAGAAGCAGAAGCUGCUGGAGGAGAAGGAGAAGAUGAUCGAGGAGUUGAGGAGGGAGCAGGAGGCCACGGAACUCCUGGCCACCAAGUACAAGGCGAUGGAGAGCAAGUUGCUGAUUGGUGGGAGGAACAUCAUGGACCACACGAAUGAGCAACAGAAGAUGCUGGAGCUGAAGAGGCAGGAGAUCGCAGAGCAGAAGCGGCGCGAGCGUGAGAUGCAGCAAGAAGUGCUCUUGCGCGACGAGGAGACCAUGGAGCUCCGGGAGACGUUCAGCUCCUUGCAGCAAGAAGUGGAGAUCAAAACCAAGAAGCUGAAAAAGCUCUAUGCCAAGCUCCAGGCUGUGAAGGCGGAGAUCCAGGACCAACACGACGAAUACAUCCGCGUGCGGCAAGACCUGGAGGAGGCGCAGAAUGAGCAGACGCGGGAGCUGAAACUCAAGUACCUGAUCAUUGAGAACUUCAUCCCUCCUGAGGAGAAGAACAAAAUCAUGAACCGCCUCUACUUCGACUGCGAGGAGGACCAGUGGAAAUUCCAGCCCUUGGUGCUGACUCCGGGAAGCAGCAGAAGCAGCAGCAGCAGCAGCAGCAACACCGGGACCCAGAUGAAAAAGCGUCCGAUUUCCGCAGUGGGCUACAAGAGGCCCAUCAGCCAGUACGCCCGCCUAGCCAUGUCGAUGGGCUCCCAUCCUCGGUAUCGGGCUGAAAACAUCAUGUUCCUGGAGCUCGAUGUCUCCCCGCCAGCUGUGUUUGAGUUUGAGAUCACACGAGACCAAAGCGAACGUGAUCCGCGCGCACUGCACCUGGAGAGGCUCAUGCGCUUGGACAGCCUCCUGGAGCGACCGGCAGCCUCCCGAGUCCGGAAGUCACGGUCUUGGUGCCAGAGCCCUCGCUCCCUGCCAUCUUCAACGACACACGUGUCCCUCGCCUCCAGCUCACAGAACCCCUCCACAGCGCCGGCUCAUGAGUAACGUCCCCCCGUGUCCUUUC